GAACCGGAAGUGAACUGUGCACUCUUUUGACAUGCGCAAAAGUCAAGAAAAAUGCUUUUUUUAUUGUCUGAUAUGAGUUAAAUAUGCGGUGAAAACAAUGUCAAAAAAUAAGUGUAGUCUUGAUUACAGCAAAAUGAACAAAGAAUUUGCUGUGAUCCAAGGUGCUUUCCUUUCGGCCAAUAGGAUUGUUCCACUAUGUUCUCUACAGAAAGCUGACUGGGACAAAGUUUGUGAUCCGAUUUUGGAAACUAUUCAAGAAAUAACCCAAAACAAAGGUAGAGCUGAAGAGGUGAAAAAGACAUUAGUGUGUGUUGCGUGGCUGAAGCUGCUUAGCGCUGAAGAGGACGAGAGCAUUGAAGUUGCAUGGAAAGAAAGUCCAAUUUUUUCUUUGCAAAAUGGUCUCCCUGAGUUUAACUGGGUUGUUUUUCUGGAGCUGAUCAGGUCAAUAACAUCUAUCAAUAUCUACACACGUCUUCUAUUAUGUCUUCCUCCGUCGCAGUUAUGCUCUGAAGUUGAAAGGCUUGUCGAGCACAUUAGACGCAGCCCCGUACGAGAAGAAGAUGUUACAUUUUUCUUCGAUGUUUGGUGGGAGUUGUGGACAUGUAAGGAUUUCCAUAAGGACAGCACAGAGGAGAUGUUCACACAGGAAGUUUCACGCAUGUCGUCAAAGGCAAUAAAACAGCCUGCUAAAAGAUUGAAACUAGACUUUCCAGACCAGACCACAUCAAAUCCUGAUCUUGUAAACAUCUUUUUUUGUGCAUUUAGAAACUUAGGAGCCCAAAUAACGCAACCUAAACUUAUUUUUAAAGCUCUCUCUGUUUCUAUAAAUGCCUUGUAUACAGCCUACCUUUGUGCUCCUGAACCAGAAGUUUCAACUAAAGAAAAGCUAGAAAUCUUGUCAGAAAUCGCAACCAUCAGAGAAAAAAAUAAUGAAAAACUAGGGCCUAAAAUGAUUGCGGAGUCGCUGAAAGAUUUGAACACAAUCCAGAGGCCGUGCAGGUUCAAGCCUCUGCAACUGAAGUUUGAAGAUGCCUUACAAAUAAUGGUAGAUGUUGCCUAUAACUGGAACUGCAAUGGUCUUUUGGAAGUGGAGGACAAAUCCAACAUAAGUUACUCUGAAUUUAAAUCAAAACUAGGUCUCCAGAAUGUUUUUGCAGCAUUUCACAAGACAAAAAGAAGUAAAGAUACACCUCUAUGUUCGAUUUUUGAACCAAAGGAUUGGAUGACUCAAAAAAAUGUUGAUUUACUCCCUGAUGUUUGUGCAGAAAUCGCCAGAACUAUAAUAUCACAAAAAAUGGACGACUACCAAAACUUCGCCUUGCUUUUUGCUGAUGAGGAGAGCUGGGCAACUUGUGAUGAAAAUUACAUCGACUUCCUGGAAACGAACCAAUCGGCUUUCAGAGAACAAAACACACUCAUCAAACUCACCCAAAGCAUUGUGGGUAAAUUCAGCUCUGGUUCUGUGGAUGUGAGCCACUAUAGGAAGCUGAUGAAGGUAACAGCGGACAUCUUCUCUGCUCUUUCCCUCGAUGAUAAAAACAAAGUUCUGGCUGCAGUGAUGAGAAUAUCUAAACGAGGGUUUUUUGGAAGCAACGUGCCGUCAGCUGUGACCACAAGCUUUGAACGAGAGCUGAACAUGGCGUUUAACUGCAUCAUCCAAGGAGGAGGCGGGCCUUCAACAGCUUCUAACCUGAAUACAGCCGUUUCAUUGGUCGCCAGAGUUGCCUUUCAAAACCCAGAGGCAGCAGUAAAGGCGAUGUGUAAUUCAGCGAUUUCCAACAAAGGUUCUUUCCAUAUUAUGGCAAAAAUGCUACAGCAGCUGCCUGGUCUUUCUGGAAGGGCAUCUGACUCAAACCAGGACGCAGAAGGAAAGGAUCUUCUAUGUAGUUGUGUUAAGGACAUUAUUAAAACAAAACAAAUGUCCCAGGAUGAGAAGGAGCAGCUGGUGAAGUUUCUGUCUUUGCUAAUGCAGCCUGUUGUCAUGACUGAAGGAGAUGGAGGAGCAGAGGGCUUCCUCCUGCCCCAAACGGUGAUCUGCGCGUUUGUCCUGCCAAAUCUGGCUGUGCAUUCUGUGGACCUUGAACUGAGCUUGCGGUUGCUCCACAGCGCCCUCUGUCUGGACCAUCAGGGCGGUGCUUCUCACUGGGUGAUGCUCUGCUCGCCUUUUCCUCUGCUGUAUGUGCUGGCCCAGCUUCACAACCACACGCUCAGGAGAUGGGAGCCGCCCACAGACCUGCACAGAGUCUCCGUGUGGUCCAUGGACACUCAGGAGUUACUGGUGACCGUCCUGUCGACCCUGGGGUCAGUGGUGGGGGCGGAGGUGGCAAAAGACCCUGACACGUGGUCCAGAGCUCUGUUUUGGCUCUACAAUAAAACGGAAGAGCUCGACUGGACAGUGCGAUUCCUCCUGAAGCCUGUGUGGGGCAGUCACUUCAAAAACGAGGUCCCUGCGUCUCUGUUCGCCGUCUGUGAGCUCCCAGAGCAGGAGUGGUCUGGGCUGGACUUGCCUCAGUACGGUCUUGGCACUGGUCUUCUGGCUUGGACUGAGUGCUGCUGUAUCUCAGACUCGCUUCAGUUCACGAUGUUGUCUCAUCUCAGUCUGGAUCAGAGCAAACCGGAUCACCUGGGCAUGUUCAGCAAAGGCCUGAUGGUGGCGCUAACACAAACCCUCCCUUGCUGCUCUUUCUCCCAAUGGUCUCUGCUCCUUCAGGCUCUGCGCGCUCUGAUCGACUCCGGACGCCUCCAUGUCCCCUUCUCCCUGGAAUAUUGUGACUACCUGCCUCUUUUGGAUCUGAGGAGUUUUGCGUGCGAACUGCGUCUGUCCGUGCUGCUCCUGAGGGUCUUCCAGUUGCUCUGCGGGUCUAGCUGUUCUGAUUGGCUGUCCCGGGAUGGCUGGGGUCACGUGGGAGCGCUGUACGCACACGCCGUGAGGGACAUGAUCGGGUCACUUAAAACGAAGCUGCCUCUGUCUGCGGCGGCUACAGGCUCGGCUAAUUUAGUGAAAGAGUCUGAGAAAGACCAAAGGAAAACGGAGGAAAGGGAGAGCGUCCUGAGUCAAGAGGUGCUGUUUGUGCUCAGCCAGAUCUACUGUCAUGUGCAGCACGUGCAGGUGUUGUUACCAGGAGGCCAGUGUGAGCAGUUGUUCUUGUCCAGUCUGGAGCUCCUCAGUCACUACGCGGCCGUGAUGGGGGUGUUUCCGUGGAGCUGUAGCGCUUUAGAGUCCGACAACACGCGACACUUUUUCACCACGAUCACAGAAAACCUCCAGAACCAGGAGAUGAAAUCCGUGCUCCAGCAGAAGAUCUCGCAGCUCGUCUCUUCGUCAGCUUAAAACAUGAAUUUAAUCAAUGAAUUUAAAUGGUUUAUCGUUGCAUUCAGUAUUUUGUCACUCUGCAGUCUGUAUGUGUCAAUAAUAAAAUAAUUUCUGCAACUGU